CUUUCUUGGUUUUAGGAAAGAUAUGUAGCAAGCUUGAUGCCUUUGCAGAAAAGUAUUUCUCCAUGGAAGAGUCCACCUCAAUUAAGACAGUUCCUUCCAGAAGAAUUUAUGAAAACACUAGAGAAAACAGGACCUCAGCUAACCUCUAGAAUAAAAGGCGAUUGGAUUGGACUUUACCGGCAUUUUCUAAAGUCUCCAAAUUUUGAUGGCUGGUUCAAGACUCGGCGGAAGGAAAUGACCCAAAAAUUGGAGGCACUGCAUCUAGAAGCGCUUUGUAACGAGGACUUACUUCUCUGGAUCCAGAAACACACAGAGGUAGAAACUGUAGACCUUGUAUUGAAGCUGAAAAAUAAGUUGUUACAGGCCGAUCGAGAGCGUCUACCUGUGAAAGCUGACACUAUGGAAAAGUUACGGACACACAUAGAUGCAAUUAUCUUAGCAUUGCCAGAGGACCUGCAAGGCAUACUGCUCAAAACAGGCAUGACAUGAUACUUGCCAGAAUUUUCCAGCCAAAAAGGAUCAUGCACCACGAGCUUACUGACAUCACAGCCAGACACACAGAAGAUAUCUCUUGAUGGUAGUGGAGUGGAAAAUAGCAGUGAAUGCUAGAUACAGGGUGGAAAGACUGUAUUGUAUAACCAGACCUUUUUAGUGCAUUAUUUUUAAAAAUGGAUAUCUGUGGUGGUUCCACUUUCAUACUGAAACACCGAAAGGCAUUUCUAUAUUUUUAAUCAUGUUUUCUAAAGUGCUCUUAUGAGAGACCUGUGGGGCCAUCAGUAUACAUGAUUCCAAACUGCAGUGCUGGCAUUGCAGAUAUUUUUUUAAAUUGGUGCUGCUUUGCCCAAUCAUGUUAAAACUCAGGGUACUGGAUAUAAAAAUAACUUUCACACUGGCUGUCUUCUUAUGAAGGAAGAGACUGAACUGUCCAACUAUAGAUGCUUAUGCAGUGCCUUCUGUUGUCCUGUAUGUUUCACAAAGUCCAACUGCUAGUCUUGAAGCUUUUUUGUAGCUUGAUUAUGAUAUGUGAUUUUACAAGGCGUUCUAUAAUCAUUGCUUAAAAAUGUUUCCUGCUGCCUACUGUGUUUAUUAAUGGGUAUGGUGUUUUUUAGAUUUUUUUGUAAUUUAUUGUCAUACAGAUUUUCAUUUCAUUUUCUUUACCAUUUUCAAUAUUUAAUCUUGUCAGUUUCUCUAAUGACAAGGCAUCUAGUAUUAAUUAUGGAAGUGUUUAUUUUCUCUCAGCCUUUACUAACUGAAGCUGUUUAAUUAGCUUGGAUGUUUUUCAAAGGCGCUCUAAUUAUAAACCUCAUAAUCAGCUGUUUUUUAAUAUGAACUAUUCUGAUUUCAAAGGCAUUCAUAAGCCUUUUAUGUGGCAGGUAUAUGAGUGAUUAUAAGAUUGAUUUCCACCAUUAUUUUUGAGGUCAUUUUUUCCAGAACACUUUCCCUGCUGUUUGUUGUUUAAUGUGGCAACUUUUGCCUGAAUCACUGUUAUACCCAGUUUUUGUUGUUGUUUUGAGUGUUUCUGUUUUGUUUAAACUAUACUACCUUGCCAAAAAUAGAAGGAUGUGAUUUAGUAAAGUUGUUUGGUUUGUGUUGAAUAGGACUGUUCCACAGAAGCCACUAUUUAAAAGUUCCACCUGACAGCACAUAUGUAAAUAGCUGUAUCUUGAAUUACUCUCUGAAUAACCAAAUUUAGUUGUAUUUGUAAAAGAAAUGGCUUCAGAAGCUAUCUCUUGUUCUUAUUAUAUCUUGAUGUAACUCUGAAGGGCAUUUCCUACUCAAGAAACGUUCUUGUGUUUGCAACUGUGUUCUUAUACCCAAAUGUGCUCUUUUCUCAUGGAUACAGUCUCUUGAAGCAUACCUCAAAGUCACAGAAAGAAAAUGGCAUUUGGAAGAUAUCAUUUGCCUUGAUCAUAUGAGUUAUUUUGUGAAACAGUUGACCUGUCAGGAAAGGGACAACUACUUUUAUAUGCGAAAGUAUUUCAUAACUUUCUAGGAAACCUUAUUUAGGUAUAAAUAAUCAUCUUAUUAUUUUCCAGAAAGGUGUAUUUUAAUAAUCUUACAAUUUAUAUACAGUUUGUGACCAGAAUUUGAAAGUCAUUAGUGUCAUAUCAAGGAUCUUUUAAAUUAUACCACUACAGGAUGUAUCAUUUCAAGUUUAUUUUGCACAGCUAAAGAGUAGCAAAAGAUGCCAGUUAGCAUGAUAAUGGUGUCUUUGUAUUUACUGUAUUUAACUAAAUCCUAACACAUGUUGAAAACCAUAUCUUACUUACCCAGUUUAUCUCUUAAUUUCAAAUUAUGUACUCGUAAAAAUAACUUAAAGUCAUAUUGGGAACCUGAGAAAGACCGACUGGUGAUUUAAUGUUUUGGUAUGAUUUUUUUUUUCUUAAAAAGUCUUUCUUAAUAUUGAAACCCUGCCAUUUAAAGUUUUAUCUCCACCAGCACAGAAGGAAUCACUGUUUUAAGAGUGUUGUGUAAUGCCUAGUGCCUUCUAUUUACAGUGGGAAGAAUUUGUGAAGGCAUUUAUGGUCAUUACUGAGAAAUGAAUUAAAGGCCUUGGAUUUUAAAGCA